AUGAAUCCACAUGAAAAGGGAACGACCCCAAUGCAUGCGGAAAACCAACGAAUCCAACAAGAGAGCAAUCGAGCCAUCCAACAACUGUCCGAACAAAUGAACCUCAUGGUCCAGUCCCAACCAGGAGCCUACCAGCCGCCCAUCCCACACACGACCUACUACAUGCCACACCAGGGUCCUGCCUACCAACCAACGGAGAUACCACCCCCAAUAUACCCACCUGUACCACCAUUCUACAUGUACCAAGCACCCCAGCACGACCCAAAGGACGAUUUGAAAAAGCAAAUUGAAGAACUCCAACGCAAACUCGCUGACAAAGAGAAUCAAAAUGGUGGCAACAGGAACAAACACGGCCCCUUCCCACCACGGACCAAACGCUUCCACAAUAAUGACAACUAUUGUUGGACCCACGGACACGACCUUCCCAACACACAUACCAGUGCCACGUGUAAAUUCCCCAAACAAGGCCACCAAACCACGGCCACAAAACUCAAUCGCAUGGGCGGAUCUGAGAAGAACAAACAAUGGGUUGGCUUGUGA